AUGACCGCCGCCACCACCCCCGAGAACAGGUCGUCCAACGGCAAGGAGUUCCGCAUCUCGUCCCGCACGAGGGACCGCCUCGUCGCGGCCGGCAUCGACCUGUCGAACGGGUACCCCUACUACCCGACCAAGCCCGCGUCUCUGAACGCAGCCAAAGCUUUCGCCCAGCCCUUCGAGUACGCGGACGCAGCGGCGCGCGCGAGUUCGCUGUCCCCGCUGGCCGAAGUCGCCGAGCUGGUCGACCUGACGCCACACAUCGGGACCGAGAUCCGCGGGCUCCAGCUCGCCAGCCUCACCGACGCGCAGAAGGACGCCCUCGCGCUCCUCGUCGCGCAGCGCGGCGUCGUCUUCCUCCGCGACCAGGAGAUCACGCCGCAGGAGCAGCUCGCGCUCGGGGAGUACUGGGGCAAAGUACACCACCACCCCUCGGCCGGCGUGCUCCCCGGCCUGCCGGGGGUACAGACCAUCUCGGACGAGCUGCUGCGCCAGCAUGGCGAGCUCGUCGACUUUCGUAACCCGUGCAGCGAGCAGGAGUGGCACACGAGCCUCGCCCACGAGCCCCAGCCACCGGGAUACACGCACCUGCACUACGACUCGACGCCGCCCACGGGCGGCGACACGACCUUCUCGUCCGGCUACGUCGCGUACGACAAGCUCUCGCCCCCGCUCCAGGCGUUCGUCGACACACUCGAGGGACUGUACCGCUCCGCGCACGUGUACACGAACCCCGCCGACCCCGACGGGCUCAAGGUGCCCAUCGUGACUGCGCACCCGCUGGUACGCACCCACCCCGUCACGGGGUGGAAGAGCCUGUUCGUCAACAGGCGGUACAUGGUCGGCAUCAAGGGCUUGACUGCUGCCGACUCGGACGCGUUGCUUGAGCAUCUCUGGAGGACGUAUGAGACGGCGUUUGAAGGACAGGUGCGGUUCCGCUGGACUCCGGGCACGUCGGCCAUCUGGGACGCGCGGUCCACCAUCGACUCGACAGCGUCAGACACGGUCGACGACACGACCGGACAGCACCGCCACGCCACUCGCGUUACCACGCUCGCCGAGGUGCCUCUUCCUGCCUCAGCGGGGCAGAGCCGCCGCGUCGCGUUGGGGCUCGACCCGGGUGUGGUGCAGGAGCAGGGGCGGGUCAAGUACUACUAG